AGCCCAAGGCCACAUCAUCCUAAAUGUCACUCUGCCGCCCGCCUGCACGAGAUGCCAGACUCUGCGCUGGCUGCACCGCGCUUGUGCGAGAGCCUACCCGCCGUCUGCAGCUCGCAUGCGUCUCAAGUGGCACAGUCGCCUCGACUCAUGGAACCACCUCGGGCUCUUGAAUCGUCUACGGGCCGUCUCUGCGUCCCUCGUGUCGCUUCCUCUGCCAAGCCCAUAGCUCGCCCAUUCGACAGCUCACGAACCACGGUACGCGCCUGCGUCCGGUCAGCUUGGUCGUACCGUGCGUGCUGGCGCCGGCGACCUGCUGCGAAGCCUGCUGUCCCGACCCUGCUAUGCUUUUUUGUACACACAUGCAUCGUGACGGCUUUCGAGCUUCCUCGUCCCAAAUCAAUCGCUGCUUGCCGCCUCCCGCAGCCUGAUCCACGCACAAGCAGGGUUCGCAAAUGGCUGAUCAACUCGGGGCGUCGGUCAUUUUGCUCGACAAGGACGGGCACCAUCCCUGUCUGACUGUUGGUGUGUACCACUUCGGCAACCACGUCUGCUAAGUGCUUGGACAACUGUGACGUGAGUGCUCUCUGCUUGCUAGUCAAGCACAUGCCGGUGCGUCUCGGCGACUUCAGGCACUCCUUCGCGGGGCAGUGUACGGGAGAGCCGAUGUCUUGCGCCGGGAGAACCGUUCGUCCAAACCAGCAGCAGUAGUUUGCCUUCUCAGUCCACACAAGCUGGUUGGUAAUAGAGCCGAUUCUGGCCAGUCUUGCCUGCGAGAAAAAAAAUCAUGUACCGACUUCCUCAUCCUCAGCUGCUAUUGCUUCGUGUAAGACGGCUGGCAUGCGACGCAGCCCACUUUCG